GCCUCUUUCUCCUGUGGGAGCUGUUUUGCUAUCGUUGUGAAGUUCGUGACACGGAAAUAUGGAAUAACCACUCUGUAAACUCUCAUUGUCUCUUCGUGAGCGGAAGAAAGAAGUUGUGAAGUCCUUGUUAUUUUAGAAUAAGUGAGAGGUUACUCAAUUUGUCAGUCAUCGACUGGAGCUAUUCUGCGGCGUAUCCCUGUUUUUUUCUAUGCCGCUGAUACCGCUGACAAAUAUCAAUAUUUAUUGCAUCGCUGUGAAUUAGUGACUGAUCAUACUAGUUCCAUUGAACCCAUAACAUUCUUCGUGGUGGUUUGUGUAGUGAAGUCCAAUCUGAAGACGGAGCAUAUGGUUUAUAAGGCAACUAGAUCGUUAUGAUGAGCGUUUGCGUAUGAGUUCAUGUACAUUUCCCUAGAGUAUACAACCUUAAUAUCCUUUCCCUCCUCGAUUGGUUGUCAGGGAGCAGUUAGAAAGUGAAAAUUUGCACCGAACAGUAGUUUAUUUUGUGCUUCCGCAACAAUGUCUAGUGUUCAGCUAUACAAAUCGCGUACCUUCGUACUAAUAUGGCAUCUGAUUGCAGUCAGCCAAUAUUACUAUGCAAUCUACUUCGAUAGAUAUUUCGUCAAAAUUCCAGAGGAUCUAAACAUCCCCAAGAUGAUGCAUCCGAGCGCAUACGGUGGACGUUCCAAAUUUCUGACUUACUGGUGUCUGAUUCUCCAAGCUAUAUAUUUCACCAUUUGCUUGAUAAACGAUUUUGUUGGCACUAACGAAGUUGCACCGCGCAGAAUUCCCGCUAUUAGGAAACUCAAGGAUUACAUGUUAGCUGCUUUUGCCUUCCCGGUAGCGUUGAACGUAGGUGUUACCUUCUGGACACUGAUGGCAAUUGACCGUGAACUGGUCUUCCCGAAAGCUUUGGAUGCUGUCUUUCCAGGAUGGUUAAAUCACGUGAUGCACACGAACAUUGUGAUUUUCAUGGUCCUAGAAAUCUGCACCAGUUUUCGACAGUUCCCCUCUCGUAAAGCAGGGCUCACCGGCCUAGGUGUAUUUAUGGCAAGCUAUCUGGUGUGGUUGCACAUUAUCCGGCACUUUGGAGGAAUCUGGGUGUACCCUGUUUUGGACGUGUUGAAUCUGCCACAACGUGUCGUGUUUUUCGCUGUUAGCCUGAUUUUUUCCGUUGGGCUGUAUCUUUUCGGAGAAUUCUUCAAUAAUCUAAUUUGGACCAAAGAGCUCAAACAACUCAAAACUGUUGGUGCUAGUAAGAGAUCAGAAUAAACAUUGUCUUAUACUUAUCUCGGGUAUACUUAUUGCAUUGGUGCAUGAAACCAGACAGAAAACAGCGUACAUAGGCAUCCAUGUCUGCUUUCGUUCUAGUUUAGUGUAUUUGUUUUUCCAACUGACACUUUGCAAAACCAAAAUAACCGAUAUACACUAAGCGGGUGUCCAUUAUUGACUCAGUGCUAGAAAUUUAACUCAUCAUAUGAAUGAAUUCAAUCCCAGCAUCUGUGAUUUGUACUGACCAAUAAAAGCAUGAGAAAGUAUUACGCAUUGUACACAACAAUCGUGAAAUGACGAAAUUCUCAUUCUUUGUUUAGAAAAUGGUAAUUUGUAAUUAACGUCGGAUUAGUUCCUCGAUGAACAUGAUAUUCCCCGGCGAUGCCGAUGCUUUAUAAAUAAGCACUAGAGUUGACGUUAACGUGCUACUACGAGAUGAUCCAUCACGUGUUUGCGGCGAAAACGUUUUAGGAUUACAUUUACUAUCUGUUUCAGCAUGUUCUUGUUCCAAUGUGUAACUAAAUCUAUAGCAAAACUAUUAUAUUAUAACAAAUAGAACGAUAAAUGACCAAGAUUUAGUGGUAUAAUGCGUAUUUUUAGAGUCGGAUUAUCGAUGCACAUUCAUCAAUCAGCAUGGGUUGAAUAAAAUAAACUAUUAAUGCUUUGGGAAGUACGAGACUCCAUCGAAACGCCAGAUUCAUCCCAUAUUUUCCACAAACGAUUUUUUUCAUAUACACAAUUGCCAGAUUAGAAUGAGUAAAAUUUAGAUGUGCAUUUUAAUCUAGAGAUGUGAUACAAAUAAUAUUCACAGAAACCAAGUAGAAAACCAGUUUAUUCGCGGUAACAGUUUUAGAUGUUAAUUUUAUUUGUGUAGCUACAAAAAAACGAUGAACUUGGAUUCAGGUUGGAUGGCUCGAAAACGUUCGACGUAUACAAUAGUUUUUUACUAGAAUCGUAAGCCAUACAAUUUGAGUUAUUGAAAUUGCACUCCACCAUCCAGUCUAAAUAAAAUGUAGUUGGUUUUUUUUCGGUGUAAAGGAGUCAAUACGAACACUAUAUUUCGAAAAUAUUAAAAAUUUCAGACCCUGGUGUACACUGUCGAAUUCAAAUACAAAGAAGUGUAAAA